AACAGCUCCGAUCAGUCCAGCAAAUAAAUUUGAGGGACUUUUAUUAGUAGCUCACGAUUCAUGCUAGGACAGUUCCUCUGCCUUGGAAUUCCACACCUAAUUAUGUCCAGUUUGUAAAUCCCAGAGCUUACAUUGGUCUUAGUAUUUUCUACCCCUGAAUCGAAAGCCGCACUUGUUAGUAUUGCUAGGGAGAGUAUUUGAGUCAGUAUGAGCGGUGGGCCACUAUACCUCGGGUUCGAUCUUUCAACCCAGCAAUUGAAGGCGAUUGUGAUUGCUUCAGACCUCAAGGUCAUUUCUGAAGCCAAGGUCGACUUCGACGCCGAUUAUGCUACCAAGUACAAAAUCACAAAGGGAGUACAAACAAACGAAGAUGAAGGCGAGGUGUACCAACCCGUGGCCAUGUGGGUUGAGGCCGUAGAUCUCGUCUUAACACGCCUAAAGGAGAAGGGAUGCCCCGUGGAGCGUAUAAGAGGCAUAAGCGGCUCUGGUCAACAACAUUCAAGCGUCUACUGGAACGAACAUGCCGAGUCUGCAUUGAAGAAGCUCGAGGGCGGGAAGACGUUGCUCGAUCAACUGUCUCAUGUCUUCGCCUAUGAUUUUGCGCCGAAUUGGCAGGACCAUAGCACGCAGACUGAGUGCGACCAUUUCGAUGCCCACCUGGGUUCGAAACAGAAGUUAGCUGAUGCAACGGGAAGUGCCGCUCACCAUCGUUUCACGGGUACCCAAAUUCUACGAAUGCGAAGGAGACGCCCUGAGGUCUACAGUAAAACUGCUCGCAUCUCACUUGCAUCCUCUUUUCUGGCUUCUCUGUUCUUAGGUGCCAUUGCACCUAUAGACAUAAGUGAUGUCACCGGCAUGAACCUAUGGGAUAUCGCCGGUGAGAAAUGGAACGAAACACUCCUGGAACUAACGGCGACCAAGGAGGGCGUACCAGAGCUGCGGAAGAAGCUGGGUGAUGUGCCAUUAGACGGUGGUGGCAGCCUGGGUGGCAUCUCGUCUUACUUCGUACAGCGCUACGGGUUCAGCCCCGAGUGCCAGGUAGCCCCCUUCACAGGCGACAAUCCAGCAACGAUACUCUCCCUACCAUUGCGUCCCCUCGACGCCAUAGUCUCUCUCGGCACCUCGAGCACCUUCCUCAUGAACACGCCGAGCUACAAGCCAGACCCAUCGUACCACUUCAUGAACCACCCCACGACUAAGGGACACUUCAUGUUCAUGCUCUGCUACAAGAACGGCGGCCUCGCGCGCGAGAAAGUCCGCGACAAGCUCCCGAAGCCAUCGGGCUCAGACGCGUGGGAGAACUUCAACAAGCAGGUCCUCGAGACGCCGCCCCUGGACGUGCGCAAGGAAGGCGACAAGGCGAAGCUCGGGCUGUACUUCCCGAUGCCGGAGAUCGUGCCGAACAUCAAGGCGGGCACGUGGCGGUACACGUGCAGCGCCGCGGACGGGUCCGGCCUCGCGGAGACGGGCGACUGGGGCCCGGACGCCGACGCAAGGGUUAUCGUUGAGUCGCAGGCGCUCUCGAUGCGGCUGCGCUCGCAGAAGCUGGUCUCGUCGCCGAACGACCGGCUGCACUUACCCGCGCAGCCGCGCCGGAUUUACUUGGUUGGGGGCGGCUCCCUCAACCCGGCGAUCGCGCGCGUGGUAGGCGACGUGCUGGGUGGCGCCGACGGCGUGUAUAAGCUGGACGUCGGCGGCAACGCGUGCGCGCUCGGCGGCGCGUAUAAGGCGCUCUGGGCGCUCGAGCGCAGGGACGCUGAUGAGAGUUUUGAUGAUCUGAUUGGUCAGCGCUGGAGGGAGGAGGAGGCUAUACAGAAGGUGGACGAUGGGUUCCGCGACGGGGUUUUUCAGAGGUAUGGUAAGGUGCUGGGGGCGUUUGAGGAGAUGGAGAGGAGGAUCUUGGAGGUUGCUCAUAAUUAGGUGGGUGGAUAGAGGUGCAUUUAAGACUAGGAGAAUGAGAAUGAGAAAGAAGAAGAAGGGGGAUUUAAGAGCAUUUGGGGAUUUGGUCUAGUAGAGUAGGUAGAGAGAAGGUGUAGAUUUCUAGAAAUAGAUGGGCGUUGCUUAACCUGCCUAGAUAUGUAGUUUGUUAAGGCACUGAGUCAAGCAUCACCAAUUCCAAACCAUUUCAAGCGACGGAUAGGAAGGGUCCCAUAGCUCAGUUGGUUAGAGCGUCGUACUAAUAUCAUCCUAUGUCGGAUAGCUAGGAAAUAUUAAGUAAAUGCGAAGGCCGAGAGUUCAAGCCUCUCUGGGACCAAUGGUUUUUUUAUUUUUCAUUGUUCUUUUUAUUGUAAAGCUGAUUUCCUGUUGGGUCUUC